UCUUUCUUCCAUAUCCUUGCUUGUAGUGCCUUAUAUUCUCACCUCUCACUGCAUUCACUCUCUGAAAAACCCUAACUUUAGGGUCAUUUCUCAUCUCCUAUGUUUCUCUUCAAAGGGUUUUGCUUUUAGGUGUACGUGCGUAGCUAACUGUGUUUUUAUGUGUUGCCUAUUGUCUCUUCUCUCCUCUUUUAGGGACAAGUUGUUAAAUCUGGGACUGUUUUUGGUUUGGCCUUUGUGUGAUGGAUCGUCUCACCAGUCUACCAGAUGAGCUUCUUCAUCAUAUCUUGUCCUGCCUUCCCACAAAGUCUGCUGUUGUGACUUCUUCUCUCUCAAAGAGAUGGCUCAAUCUCUGGAAACACAAUCCCAAUCUCGACAUUGACGACUCUGUCUUCAUUCAUCCUGAAGAUGGUAAAGGAGAGAGGGAAGAGAUUCGACAGAGCUUCGUCCGUUUCGUGGACGGUGUACUCGCUAUGCAGGGUGAUUCUCCUAUCAACAACUUCGCCCUAAAGUGUAUCACUGGUGUCCAUCCAGAUACUGUCAACCGUUGGAUAUGUAACGUCCUGCAGCGUGGCGUUUCGGACCUUAACCUCUUCACUGAUUUUACUGACGAGGAUACUGAAGAUGACAGCUAUCACUUGCCUAAAGAGUUGUUCUUUAGCAGUACACUCGUUAAGCUGAAGCUGAGAAGUGAACAUUGUGUUGAUUGGUGGUGGACGGGCGGAAUGUGGAGCGAUCCUUUUUCCUUACCCAUGCUUAAGAGUCUUGACAUUGACUCUGACUUGAUUUUCUGCGGUAAGAUUGAGGAGUUCAUUCCUGCUUUCCCUGUUCUUGAGGAGCUACGAAUGGGUAGCAUGGAGUGGAUACAGUCGGAUGUAACCGUGUCAAGUGCAACCCUCAGAACGCUUAGUCUCCAUGGCACCGGUUGUGAUGAUUUUGUGAAUCCAACGAGGGUUUCUUUUGAUACUCCAAACCUGAAUGUGUUGAGCUACUAUGACUUAGUUGCCCAAGACUAUCCUGUGGUCAAUAUGAAGAAGUUAGUUCAUGCUACAAUCAAUCUUAUAGUAACUGAUGAACAGGUUAAGCGACUAAGAGAGUCAGAUAAUGAUUUGGCAGAGGAUGAUGAUGCUGAUGAUGUUUUUGUCGACUUUGGCAAUGUGGCGAAGCUCAUGAAUGGCAUACAAACUGUUCAGCAACUUUCCUUCACUGCUGAUACUCUCGAGGUGCUUUCUCAAUGCUGUAAUACACUGCCGGUUUUCAACAACCUCAAGUUCUUAGGUAUUACGAGUGAAGAGGGUCGAGGAUGGCAAGCAAUGCCAGCUCUUAUUAAGAAUUGUCCUCGUCUAGAAACUAUAAUCCUUGAGGGUCUACUACAUUGUGUAACUGAUAAGUGUGGGGAUGCUUGUCCAUGCAUUUCUCGGGAAGACAAAGGUCGUUCACUCAGGUCUUGUCCAGUGAACAGGUUGGAGAUUCAAGGCUUUCGAGCAACGAUGAAAGAGAUGAACAUGAUAAAGCAUUUCUUGGACUAUUUUCCAAGUUUAAAAAGGCUUGACGUCGUCAUUGAAGACAAUGAACCUACGCAGCUCAGAAACCCGGAGUUGUCUAACUGUGUCAAGGAGAUGUUCAAACUCUACAGCGAGAUGUAUCCGAGUUGCAGUGUCGAGCUCCAAGUUAGUGCUUUCUUGCAAAAGAAGUGGCGUGCACAAGGACAUAUCUGAAAAAAAGAACAAAACUUCGCUUGCUCUUGGAUUUGCCUUUGUUUGACUUCGGCCUAUUUUGUUUUUGUUGCAUACCAAAAUCGCCAAACCUGAAUCUGUUUCCAUUGUUUUUCUUUAUAAGUUCCUUUUAGAUUGAUUAAAAAUUUCCUUUUAUA